UAAAUAUUGAGCUGUUUCUGACCCACACCAAUCAUAUCGCUUCAGAAUUUAUGGAUUUAACCACUGGAGUCUUAUACUUUUAUGCGGACUUUAUGUGAUCUGUGGAUCACAAAAUGAGAAAGUCAAACACAUCUGGGAUGGCAUGAGGGUGAGUAAAUGACUUACCAAAGCAGCUUUGUGUUGGUUAUGCCAGUUGAUACACCCAACACUUUCCCAAAGCUGAAGUCUUCACGGUUGUGCAUUGCUCGUUGAGUGCGGAUUGUAAACACACGGGCAAUGGCUGCUGAGAGGGGCGGAGGCGACAACAACAUUAACGACGAAAUGGGGAACCAGCUACAACUCCUGCCAGAAAAUGAAGCGGAAGAAGAGGAUGACAUGGAAACAGAGGAUCGAGAUGGUGAGGCUGCAGAAAAGCCAAGUAUUAUAAACUUUGACACAAGUCUGCCAACGUCACAUGCUUAUCUGGGCUCAGACAUGGAGGAGUUUCACGGCCGCACUCUGCAUGAUGAAGACAGUGUGCAGAAUCUGCCCGUUCUUCCCCAUGUUGCUCUUAUACUGAUCCCAGGUCAGACUCUGCCUUUGCAACUUUUCCGGCCACAGGAGGUCAGCAUGUUCCGCACCCUCAUAAGCCAAGAUCGCACAUUUGCAGUACUUGCACACAGUCCUGAUGUGAGUGGAGGAGAGAUAAAGGCAGAAUUUGGGACAACUGCAGAGAUUUAUGCAUUUCGCGAGGAACAGGAGUACGGCAUAGAGACAGUAAAGAUCAAAGCUGUUGGACGGCAACGCUUCAGAGUGCACGAUAUACGUACACAAGCAGAUGGGAUUCGCCAGGCAAAAGUACAAAUUUUAACUGAGAGGAUUCUGCCAGACCCUUUAUGUGGACUGCAAUUCCUGCAACGCGUGCACACACACAUGCCACAGACCAGACAAUCACAAACAACACCACCACAGGUCAGGUGCAGCCAGACCGAUAGACAGAAGAAGCUCCAUUGUGCUAGUAUGACCACAUGGCCUCCCUGGGUGUAUGCCCUUUAUGACUCUAAAACUCUUAUGAGCAGAGUAAAGAAACAACUCCACGAAUGGGAUGAAAACCUCAAAGAUGAGUCCCUGCCUACAAAUCCCACAGAUUUCUCAUACAGGGUGGCUGCAUGUCUGCCAAUAGAUGAUGCUUUAAGAUUGCAGCUACUGAAGAUCGGUAGUGCCAUUCAGAGACUUCGCUGUGAGUUGGACAUCAUGGACAGGUGCACCUCUCUGUGCUGCAAACAGUGUCAGGAUACAGAGAUAACCAGCAAGAAUGAGAUCUUCAGUCUUUCUCUGUAUGGGCCAAUGGCAGCAUAUGUGAAUCCACAUGGAUAUGUUCAUGAGACACUUACGGUCUACAAAGCCAACAAUCUCAACCUGAUCGGACGACCUUCCACACUGCAUAGUUGGUUUCCAGGGUAUGCAUGGACAAUUGCUCAGUGCAGAACCUGUGGUUCUCAUAUGGGCUGGAAGUUCUCAGCAGUAAAGAAGGAUCUGAGUCCGCCUCGUUUCUGGGGAUUAACUCGUUCUGCCCUGCUACCAACAAUCCCACAAAGUGACAAGGGUGUUGAAGGGUCACGCUUGCUGUGUCUGUGACCUUUUAACCAUACUGCCCACAAGCACAAGUAUAUAUGCUCCCAUGGGGGUUUGUUCUAUCACCCCCAAUAACAUGCGACUCCAAAACCUCCCCCAGAGAGAGAGAGAGAGAGCGAGAGAGAGCGAGAGCAAGUGUGAAUUAUAUGUGCAAAUGUAUGCAUGAAAAGGGAGAGGAAGGAAAAGGAGACAGGGAAGCGUAAUACACUGGAAGAGAAAGAAUGACAGUACUCAAGUUGUUGCCUUCCCACACUUUGUGCUGUGUAAAUUACAGCCUGAUACAUGCAAUAUCAUACGAGGUGAGCUGUUUAUGAAAUUAUGGUCUGUUAUAAUGUACUUAUGUACAGUCUGAGCACAUUUCCACUCAUCGUCACUGCCUAGAACAGUUAUUGAUUCUCUUUGAGCAUCUAGCGGACUAGACAGUAGGUCAUACAAUGACAUGAAAUAAUGUGUCUACAAAAAUAAUUUGAGUCUUUUCAUGCACACUUUUAGUGACGUGAUCAGUCUGAACUUGUUGAAUACCUCAAACUAUCAAAUGCCCUUGCAUGUCUGUAGUUCAUGCAAAAUAGUUUACAAAAUUGAAACUGCUUGAAUUAAGUCAUUCCCCAGAUGUGAUGGGUCAUCUGCUGGUGCAGACUUC